AUGUCUGGAAAUUCAGCCAACCGUCAUUUCCGCGAACAGGUUCGCUCCUGGGGCAGCACCAAUAAGCCCAACGGCCGCGAUGGCGAGGCAGACGAGAACUCGCCUCUCCUCAACGGCAACCACUCCGGCUACCAUGCCCAUAAUGGCAACGGCGCCAAUGGCGACGACCACUACAACGGCAACAAGACGCUCAAGUUUCUGUUUGAUGCGAGGCAUACUCCUGGCACCGAUAGCAGCAACAUCGCUGUGAAGUACUCGUCCCAUAUCUGGCACGUCACCAAGGUCACUCUCCUCAGCAACUAUGUCAACUUCCUACUCGUCAUGGUCCCCAUUGGCAUCGUCGCUGGAGAGUCCAACUGGAGCUCAACCGCUGUUUUCACCAUCAAUUUCUUCGCCAUUAUCCCGCUUGCCGCCGUCUUGUCGUUUGCGACCGAACAGAUUUCGAUGAAGCUGGGCGAAGCUUUGGGAGGAUUGCUCAAUGCUACCUUUGGAAAUGCCGUCGAACUGAUUGUCAGCAUUGUCGCCUUGAGAGACGGCCAGAUUGAGGUCGUCCAAUCGUCCAUGCUAGGCUCAAUUCUGUCCAACUUGCUCCUCGUCAUGGGCAUGUGCUUCUUUUUUGGCGGUAUUGUCAAUAUGCGCGAUAGGGUUACGGGCCAGGGCAUGGAACAGAGCUUCGCCUCUGCCACAGCGCAGACCACUUGCUCGCUGAUGACGCUGUCAUCAGCUUCGCUGGUUAUCCCUGCUACGCUCUACUCAGUACUUGACAAGGCAGAGUCUGCCGAGAAGGAGCACAGCAUUUUAGUGCUUUCUCGAGGUACUGCCAUUAUCCUUCUGGCGCUGUAUGUCAUGUACCUUUGGUUCCAGCUCCGCACCCACCCCAACCUUUUCGAUGCCGAGAUUCAGCAACACCUCGAGGAGGAGGCCGAGGAGCCUGUCAUGGGCCCUAUCGCUGCCGGCUUGGUUCUCGUCGUUACCACUGUUUUGGUCGCCAUCUGCGCCGACUACUUGGUCGGAAGCAUUGAUGAUCUCGUCGAAAGCGCACACAUUAGCAGGAACUUCAUCGGUCUAAUCCUGAUUCCCAUCGUCGGUAAUGCUGCGGAGCAUGUUACUGCCGUCGUUGUAGCCAUUAGGAACAAGAUGGACCUUGCCAUGGGUGUCGCCAUCGGCUCUAGCAUUCAGAUCGCCCUUCUCGUCACGCCUUUCCUCGUUAUCCUCGGAUGGGCUGUCCUCGACAAGCCCAUGACUCUUCACUUCGAGACUUUUGAGACCGUCGCCUUUGCAUUCUCUGUAUUGGUUGUUACGUACACUGUGCAGGACGGCAAGUCCAACUACCUCGAGGGAGCCAUGUUGCUUGGCCUCUACUUUAUCAUCGCCUUGGCUUUCUACGUCAGCCCUAGCGAUGCCAUUGACCGGGUUCUGUCCGUCGUCAAGGGCUGA